UUUUUUUUUGAAAAUAACAAGCACGAGUCUUUUCUAUUAUUUUGACAUGGUUUAUGUUCCGAUCAUGUCGAUCUUGAAAUACUGUACUGGAACAACUAGUAACUGGAUGUCCGGGAUAUGAAUAUUGGCUUGCUGUUUAUGAUUACAUGUAUACACGUCUAUACAGGUUGUUGAUUUCCGUGGUAGUAAGCGCCUUUCUCAUUCCUCGUUAGUGUCCAAUAAUUCAUAAUCAUCAUUAAUUUUAUCGACAAGAACCGAGCUACAGUACUCAAUGGUCUACUUUUAGUGGCUGUUUGAGAUUGAUCAUGGAUCAAACGUGGCAGCAGUGCCUCGCUGAGCAUCCUCUUCUACUGCCCUCUGCCUUCAGAAGUAGCGGACCUACAUGCAUUACACAGCACGAGGGAGAUUUGUUCGUAUGGCGCAACGAGGAGAAGGAUCUCUGCUUUGUCAAUGUAAAGCGAAUUCAGGCCCACCUUCAAGGUGGUAGCGGGAAAGAUGAUGGUGCACUUCGAGACUACCAGAUUUUACUGUGCAGUCAAACACCACAAUUUCAGGUGAAGUCUCUCAAGUUCAGUCCGUCUGGCCACUUCCUAGCAUUGCUGGGUGAGAAGCAGGUGAUGGUGUUGCAGUUACCUGGUACGCGUGCUCAUCUAGGGAGAUUUGGAGAUGGCAAGCAGAAAGUGUCUUGUCGGUCGUUCCUAAUUGCUGAGCGGCUACUGUCAGCCAGCAGUCAUGUUGACCUCCUUCAAUUCCGCUGGCACCCGGCUAGUGUAUCCGAAAGCCAUAUUUUGAUUCUGACGUCUGACAACAUCAUUCGGCUAUUCUCCUUUGCCAAGCCGCAAAAAUCUCUACAGACGUAUGCUGUUGCACCGUAUGGUAGCAGUUUCCAGGACAGCUCCAAGUCAAACCUGUAUGACACAACCCGUGCCAUCUCCAUGGCCAAUACGGAGAGCGUUGUCGACUUUGACGUGCUACCCGAUAGGUGCAUGCGUAUGCCGUGUCCUGCACCGCGUGCAACUUCUCACGGUGUUGCUGGCGACGAACAGCAGCAGCAGUGCUGUGGUGUGUUUGCUCUGAUGGACAGCGGAGAUGUGUACAUGUUCCAGUGUGUUCUUCCCAGCUCUACCGGUGUUUUAUGUCAGAAUGAGCGGCCCGCCGUGCUUGGUCCACUGAGAAUGGUGCCACCAGCCGAGGAUAACUAUGGUGUAGACUCCUGCUCAGUGUGCUGCCUAGACUCGCACCCACCCGGCCUUGUGGUGGCUACCGCGGCAGGCAGAAUCUACCAUUGCGUUGUUAUGCCCGGACAAGAUGCUGCCGAUGACAGUGCCGAUGAUUCUGUUCAGGGUUCUUGGGCACGUUCGGCUGCACAGGAUGAUGAGCCAGUUCUGUGUGUGUUUGAUGGCGUUGCACUGGCGUUAGCAGAUGAUUCUGUACAGGAUGAGCGGGAGUCUUCAGUGUCCAGUGCUGGUGCGGCCACAUCACAAGUAGCACUGCAUCAUGUGUCAGAUGCGACUGACCGCUACUUGUGCACGCACAGCUCUGGUGUCCACUGUGUAUCACUGCCCUGGCUACGGCGACUUGAUCGAUUCUGCGUGGAGGAGGAGGGUGCGGCAGCAGACAGUAGUGUGGAUGAGUUGAAUAUAAAGGAAGCGUGUCACAUUGAAUCCUUGAUCAGCAGUAGGCCAUUCAAAGACAGUGCCACAUGUCACCUGGCCAGCUUCUGUGCAGUAAACCAUGCGUACCUUGGACACACUCUUGUAUGCCUCAUGGACGAUGGUGUAUGCUCCACAGUUGAUAUGAGAGGUCCUACUACUGUAGCAUUGGCCACGUCGGACGAGUUGACAGAAACCACUGGCCGGGCCAUUCACAGUGGAUCUGCGCAGUCAUCUAUGCCUUCAAGUCCAUUUGUGGAGGAGAUUAGGCAGAUAUUGGCGGAGAGGAGCACAUUGCCUGUUCUGAGGCUGCCAUCGUCUAGCUCCGCUCAGCUGUCUGAUAAGACCUGCAGUGAACUUCUGGACAAAACAAUGGAUGCGUUUAGUGCCCAGAUACCAGUGAUGCGAAAGGUAGCGGCUGCCAUUGCAAAACGGACCAAGGCAUUGGAGCGGCAAAAGGCGCAUCAGUUACGUGAGUGUGAGGCUUUGGUGCACAGUUUGAGUGAGCAGCGCACUAAUCAGGAAGACCUAGAUCAACAGUCACUCACGCUACUUGAGAAGCACAAGGACCUAACCCAGCGGCUGUUCGCAUUAUUUCACGCUCUGGAAUUCCAAGCCCCGGUGCGCUCCGUUGCUGAAGAGCAGAUGGCGGAAAACCUUCAGCGCCAGGCUGCGGAUCUGAAGAAGACCAAGCAGUUACUGGACAUGGUACGUCAAAAGUCCGACUACCACAAGGCGGGGAUGUCUCAGAAAGCACCAGAGCUCAAUGAGGACCAUCAGAAAACUAUUCGAUCUCUGCUAAAACAGGACACGGAUGAUAUUGAGCAGCUGGUCAGCUCGGUCAAGUCGUUGCAGCUGCAAGUCUCAUGACAGACAGGCAAAGUGCGUUCUGCGUUCCACGUUAUACAGUAUGCCGUGCAUACACGCAUGUGCGUACCUCUCUUGCUAAGCGUUGCUGUCAUCUUCCUGCUUCAUUUGUCAUCCUCUUCUAGGAUUGUUCUCUUCUGAAAAGCUGGCUUUGCCUCGACGUUGCUUUUGCGGCGUGUGCUCUUUUCAGAUCAUUCACAUCAUUCAAUGUUUGUUUUUUAUCAACCUCCUCAUGCAAUGUCAUGUUUUAUGUGCCGUAUGCACAGUGCUAGUGGUGCACAGUGGUGCACAGCGGUGCACAGUGGUAUACUGGUACUUGUCAGCAGUGUUUCCGUACUCCUACUUCAUGUAGCAGCAGUCAAUCCUGUAUUUGCUGUGGUGCCCAUGGCGACCUACACUGACUAUGUGCACUAAAGCCGGUAAAGGCACUACGUCAUGUACAUGUACAUGUACUACACAUGAAUUGCAUCGAGACUACAGUAUUCGAGAGUUCAUGAAAAUCAAAGUACAGAGUACAUGACUGUGUAUGUUCUUUCCAUAGA